AUGUCUAUCACCAUUUGUCGUUCCACUAUGGUUGACCGCGACACAGAUGACGAACUUAGUGACGUAGAACACGAAAUAAUGACAAUAUACAUCGCCAUAGUUGCUGACCACAUCCAAACACACUAUUUGAAGACUCCAAUGUGCACUAGUGCUCUGUCCGGGAAGUCAUACAUGCAGGAGACACUUGACGGACAUCCACGGAUAUGUUACAAUACGUUUCGCAUGGCCAAGCACGUGUUCUUGCAUUUGUGCAAUGAGUUGAAAAGGCUGCACUUGUUAGAAGAGGACACUGGAAUUGUCUCUGUUCAAGAGUCCAUUGGCAUACUUUUAUACAUUUUAGGCCAUAAUGCUGACAUAAGGCUCACUGGAAACCGGUUCCAGCAUUCACUAGAAACCAUUCAACGGAGAUUACGUCGGGCGUUGCGGGCUUUUCACUCGUUGGGGUGCUUGAUAAUAAGGCCUGAUCAGGAAGCAUCUGAACUCCCAAAUCAUCUUCGUGAAAAUACAAAGUAUUACCCAUUGUUUGAGAAAUGCGUAGGAGCUAGUGAUGGUAUACACAUCAGUGCUCAUGCACCGGGCUGCAAAAGUACUGCCCAUAGGGAUAGAUGCUGUGACAUUUCCCAGAAUGUGAUAUGUGCGUGCAAUUUUGACAUGAGGUUCACGUAUGUGCAUGCUAGCUGGGAGGGUAGUGCUCAUGAUUCACGAGUGAUGCAGGAGGCCAUCGUCGAUCCGGGAUUUCAAUUCCCUUGGCCACCUAGAGGCUCAUACUAUCUUGUCAAUUCGGGUUAUGCCAUUGGUUCUACAUUCCUCCCACUGCAUAAGUCAGUUAGAUAUCAUGCACAAGAGUUUAGAGGUUCUGCCAGACAACCUACAACUCCCCAGGAGCUCUUUAACUACAGGCAUUCCUCGCUUCGCAUGGUCAUUGAGCGGUGUUUUGGAGUGUUGAAGGCGAGGUUCCCGCCUUUAGUCCUCAGGCACAGCAAGCCAUGUUGCUUUUGGACCGUAGUAGACAUGAUCAAGGGUAAGACACCAGAGGAGAUCCGCAAGACCUUAACAUCAAGAAUGACUUCACCCGAGGAAUAG